AUGCCGCCUAUAACCUUUUCCGACCGGGAUUUCUGUGGCGUUGACCCCGUACAGGACGACCCCAUGGUGAUCUUGGUCGAAAUGCACAACUGCAUCAUGAAGAAAACAUUGGUCGACCAGGGAAGCUCGGCCGACAUCUUGUACUGGAACACUUUCGUGCAACUUGGAAUCCUGCAGGAGAGCCUAGAGCCAUACCACGAACCACUGGUCGGCUUCUCAGGCGAAAGAGUGAUGACCAGGGGAAGCAUCGACUUGUAUACCCGCUUCGGGUUCGAUCAAAAGUCUUGCCGCGAGAUAAAAAUCCGUUACAUUAUGGUGCACGCAAACACAUCAUACAACGUUCUUUUAGGCCGACCGUCGAUCAAUGUGUUAGGGGCUAUUGUUUCGACACCCCACCUAUGCAUGAAAUUCCCGUCGAGGGAUGGGCAGGUAAUCACCGUGCACGCCGACCAGAAAACAGCAAGAGAAUGCUACCUCUCCAGUUUGAAAGUAAAGCCUAUUACCGAUACCCCGACGACAACGAACCGGGUGAAUGUAGUCAGUCAGGAGACGACCGAAGGCAUUGAUCUUGAUCCUCGGUUGGGUGAAGAAGAGCGAAUCGAACCCGCCGAAGACCUAAUUUCAUUUCAACUCGGUUCGAGGCAUGAACAAGUCACCCAGAUGGGGUCCCAAUUGAGCGAAGCCGAUGCGGGUGAAAUUAAGCGAGCAGUCCGAGACAACAAAGACCUAUUUGCAUGGGCAGCGUCAGACAUGCCAGGAAUAAAUCCCCGAUUUCUCUGCCAUCGGCUUGCUGUAUGCCGAGACGCCCGACCAGUAGCACAAAAGAAGAGAAAAAUGGGCGACGAGAAGCGAAAGGCCGCCGAUGCCGAGGUAAAGAAACUGUUGCAAGCCAAAUUCAUAAGGGAGGUCACGUACACGACCUGGCUGGCCAACGUAGUGUUGGUCAAGAAGUCAACUGGGAAAUGGAGGAUGUGCACCGACUAUACAGACCUCAACAAGGCCUGCCCCAAGGACGCUUAUCCACUCCCUUGUAUUGAUCGGUUGGUCGACGGCUCGUCCGGGCACUCUAUUUUUACCUUCCUCGAUGCCUACUCCGGCUAUAACCAGAUAAAGAUGCACCUGGCCGACGAGGAAAAGACGGCAUUUAUCACCGAGAGCGCAAACUUUUGUUAUAAAGUCAUGCCGUUCGGACUAAAAACGCCGGUGCAACUUACCAAAGGCUGA